CGUGUGAAUAACCGUCAGCAAAUCAGCGAGCAUGAUUUAGGACCAUAGUAUCGCGCGACGCGUGUCAGAGCGCGCUUCGCGCUCAGCGUCCGAUUACGUCUGUUUGCAGAGUUUUCUGUCGCAAAUCCCAUCCCGGCCGACUUCACACAGAGCACCGAGUGGCGAACGAUGCUUGGCCUAUCGAAUGGCGAACUUGGGCUGCUCGUCUUCCUGGGAAUUGUUGCGUUCGGCCCAAAAGAUAUCCCCGUUAUAGCACGGGCAGCUGGACGCCUCACAGGACGAGCCAUGGGGUUUAUACACGCUGCUCGAACCAAGUUCAGUUCAUUCGCCGACCAAACACAACUGACUGAGUUACAACAAGAGGUGCAGCAGGCGAUGUCGCAGCUGCAGGCCAUCCGGCACCAGCUGAACACCGGAGUCAGCCUGCUGCACAUGCCACCCGCCCCUCAUGCACCACAUACACCUGCUGCAUCCCAUAUGCCACCUGCUUCACAUGUACCUGCUUCACUCGCUGCAUCCCACAUGUCAUCCGUGCACAACAUACACCCUUCAACCAUAGCGCAUUCUGCAGGUCCCGGCACCACACCACAUAUCUCCCACACUGCAGCGCAUGCACACCUGGACUCCCCUAGGCACGUGUCUCCAGCCGUGGCUGCUGCUGUAGCUUACGCUGCUGCUGUAUCUGCAGGGCCAGCCAGACCAACUCCAGCAGUAGCAGCAGGAGCAGCAGGGGCAGCAGGGGCAGCAGGGGCAGCAGGGGCAGGAGGAGCAGCAAGAGCAAGCGCACCAUCCAUGGCCGGAGCAGGGGCAGCAGGCGCAAUGGAAGCACCUGGAGGUGCUCCUGCUGGAGUUGAUGGCGCGGUCGAUGCGUUUCGAAGAAGCAGGGAUGACUUGCCUCCAUGGGUGUUGCCUGUCUCUGCUGCUGCGGCUGGUUUACUACCUCCUAAAAAAGGUGGAUUCGCUCUGAGUGGGUCGGAUAUCAUGGCAGAAGCACUCACAGAGGAGAGGGUUGCGAGGCAAGCACAAACCUUCAUCGCCAGCAGCAGUGCCCUGCGUGGUCUGCCUAGACCAGAAUGAUAUGCAUUGUGUGAUGUGAAUGCCCAUGUCCCAUAAGAGUUUCCUCUCAUGUAACCGUCCCUGCUAAAAGAACCCCCCUCUCCCGUGAGUCACACACAAAGCGAACUAUUCUUUCGCCUUUUACUAAAGAAUACCGUGUGUGUUUCUCAUCAAGCGGCAUAUAACAAUUUUUGAAGUGCCUUUUCGAAGGCACAAAAAAACAACAUUGAAAUGGGAUGGUGUAAAAGAUCAAACUUUUGUUCGAGCAUUUGUAAAACACUGGCCACGCCGAUCAGCUCAUUGCAAGCCAACAGCGGCAGGCAAAACACAUCAACAAGCAGCAUCUUGUGGACAAAAAAUUUGUCCUUCUGAA